UCCCUAGUGUCUGUGUUUCUUCUCUCUGUGUGUCGUCCUUCCUGUUUUUUUCUUUCUCGCUUGCUUUCUCACCCUUUUCCCCUUCUCUCUCUUCUCUCCCUCUUUUUUUCAUUGUGCGGUUUUGUACUCUGUGUUUUCGGCGUUGAUGAACACAGCAAAUGCGCGGAGCUGGAAGAGGAGCUGAAAAACGUGACCAACAAUCUGAAAUCCCUCGAAGCGCAGGCUGAGAAGUACUCCCAGAAGGAGGAUAAAUAUGAGGAAGAGAUUAAGAUCUUGACUGACAAGCUCAAGGAGGCGGAGACUCGCGCGGAAUUUGCGGAGAGAUCCGUAGCCAAGCUGGAAAAGUCCAUCGAUGACCUGGAAGAUGAGCUCUAUGCCCAGAAGCUGAAAUACAAAGCCAUCAGCGAGGAGCUGGACCAUGCUCUUAACGACAUGACUUCCAUGUAAA